AUGUAUCUAAAUCUCCAUAUACACUUUGUGCAUGAAAAUCACAGUUGUGGGGUUCUAUGCAGGUUGGACUCUGUUUUCAUCCUUUGGAUCUCAAUGACGCUCAUGUGCUCGGGUUACCCAGUUGUCCCUUUCAUGAGCAGCAAUCCUAUUUACCCAAAUUGCCAGCUGUAUGGGAAAUCUGAGUACUGCCUCCUCCUGCUGCACGACUGCUUAGCCAAGGUGGGCAGGAGUGAAGAAGUGGAUUCUUUAAAGCCAUACCUGGAGAUGCCUUUCCACAAGAGGUCCUUUCGCAACGGCGUUGGGUCAGGAAUGAAAAAAACUUCCUUUCGAAGAGCAAAGUCAUGA